CGCCCAGGCCCGGACGAGGGGACACUGCGCCUGCGCACCACGCCGCGACCCCGGGGCGUGAGGGGGUUUCGCGCCUGCGCACAGGAUCAGACAGUGGCGCUAAACGGACCCGGGGCCCGGCGCUCCCCGCCCGGGGGUAUAUCUCCAUGAAUAAUUUAAAUGACCCUCCCAAUUGGAAUAUCCGGCCUAAUUCCAGGGCUGAUGGGGGUGAUGGAAGCAGAUGGAAUUAUGCCUUGUUGGUUCCAAUGCUGGGAUUGGCUGCUUUUCGUUGGAUUUGGUCUAGGGAGUCCCAGAAAGAAAUAGAAAAAGAAAGAGAAGCGUACCGUCAGAGAACGGCUGCUUUCCAGCGGGAUCUUGAAGCGAAGUACCACGCCGUGAUCUCAGAAAACCGGCGUGCGGUUGCUCACUUGUCUUUGGAACUUGAAAAAGAACAAAACAGAACAACUAGUUACCGAGAAGCCCUUAUCUCUCAGGGGCGCAAGUUGGUAGAAGAAAAGAAGCUUCUGGAACAGGAGCGGGCUCGGGUCAUGCAAGAAAAGAGACAGCUGCAGCCCUUGAGAAGCACAUACCUGAGCUUCCUGGAAAAGGAAGAAGACUGGCAGAGGAGGGCCAGGCUUGCGCUGAGAGAGUUUGAAGAUGCUCUUACGGAAAGACAGAGCAUCUACUGCAGCCUGCUCCUCCCUCGCAGCAGGCGGCUGGAAAUAGAGAAGAGGUUACUGGUCCGGGCAUCCGCUGACCCAGUUGCCGCCGAGCUGCACAUGGCAGCCGGCUUGACCGACAUAUUUAAGCACGACACAUACUGUGGCGAUGUCUGGAAUACUGACAGACGCCAGAAUGGGAGACUCAUGUGGUUGUAUCUCAAAUACUGGGAACUGAUUGUUGAACUGAAGAAGUACAAGGCGGUCGAGAAAGCCAUACUAGAGAAGUAGGGCAGGAGUGAGGCGUGCCUCUUCACCGCGCUGCGGCAUUUCGGGGUAUCAUUUUCUGGUUUCCUUCUGCUACGUGCGCGUGUAGCACUGUUGACCGAGUGUUCUUCCACUCCCACCACCCUCUGAGCGGGACACAGGGUCCCGCUUCCUUGAUGCUUUUCAGCUCUUAAAGAUGCAGUUUCUCAGGAGGAUUUUUUUUAAGCUGUAAUAUUUUAUUAGGCUGAACAGUGUAACCUCAUAUCUGCGCUAUAGGGUAAGAUUGUUUUUAAGAAAGUCAAAUACAGUACUGAUUCUCAGUAGUGUUCUGUCUGUUUUUAUCACUCCGUAAAUAAAUUGUUUUCUCCUCCAAUUUCCUCUUUCCUAGAAUUAUAAAUAAAAGUUGUCAGGUAACAGAACUGCCUAAUGAUGAUGACAGAAAACAGUCAUAUUAUUGAGGAUUCAUGCUAUUGUGAGGGUCUCUCCCACCAAAGGGAAAGAAAGUGUUUCCUGUAUUCAGUUGAUAACCUUGGUAUGUGUUUUGCAUCUGGCUUGUGUCCAUGUUCAGUUAGCACAUGCUAUGUAUUUGCAAUGACAUCUAAUAAAAACACUUGCCAUAUAAAAGCAACAA